AUGGCAUCUCCUCUCCCCGAUGGCAGUCUUGCACACUCAAUAAAGCCAACCACUUCAGCCACGCACGAUCCACGUAGAGAAGAGGACGAUACUGCAGAUGUCACAAUCGAUGCGCACGAUAGCGAGUGCUCUCCCUCAUCCACUUUGGCAAAAUGGACGAAGCGGUUACACGAUUUAAAAUCAUUCCUUACCAGUGAGAAAUUCUUGGAUAACUUAUUCUUAGAAAUUAGUGUUACUGAGUGCCUUGAGUCGACGCUCUUUGUCAACCUCAGCAACGAAGAUGAAAAUAUGAGCCAUCCAUUUUUGAAAGUCGUGCGGGAUGUUGCAGAACAGCUUGAAAAAUUGCAAAAAGAAAUGAAAAAAGUAGCCUCGGAGCAGGAAGAACUACAAUCCAAACAAGCAGAACAUGAGCAAGAAACUUGA